AUGGCUCCCUCCCCAGCGCCAGCGCCGCGCCGGCCGUGGGAAGACGAAGACGCCUCCACCCUGGGCCACGAGGGCGACGACGAGUUCGACGAUGCGCCCGCCUUCGACCGCGCCCCGGUCCACCCCAUUGCCUGCAUGCAGGGCGCCUUCGAGGAGUCGAUCAUAGAGGCCGAGGUGGCUGAGCAGGAGAAGGUGAAGCCCAAGCGGGCCGGUGGCGCGCAGGCCCGCCGCCAGCGCAUGCUGGAGGAGGACGACUACAACGAGUCGUACAACGCGCAGUGGAGGAAGAAACCGAGCGCCAAGUACCACCCGCUGUGGAAGCUGGUCGCCCAGAUCUCCUUUGGCGUGCACCUGCUCAACCAGCAGCUGGCCAAGAGCGACGAGGAGGUGUCGCGCAUCCUCAAGACGCACGUGCAGGAGGUUGACCAGUUUCUGGAGAAGACGACCGAGGACUUCGACCUGGCCCUCGCCGACAUCCAGGAGCGCAUCAACCACCUCAAGCUGCCGCUGGAGCACGUCAACAUCUUCGACAUGAUGCUGGACGACAGGCAGUUCCGCACUUCCAUCAUCGAGGGCAACGAAAAGAUCGAGAAGAUUGUGGAGCGCACCGCUCGGGCCAUGAACGAUUCUCUGGUCGACGUCCAGACCGGAGGAGAGGCGACAGAAGAGCUCUCGCGCUACUUGGUUCGUAUUGGAGCCAACUGGGCCGAGGGCGACGACGAACUGAUGGACAUAUACAUGGCCAUGUGCGGAAAUUCGGAGGGCUGGCUCGAGUGCCUGAGGAAUCUGCAGACAAAGGGAAGUGAGUUGGGCGUCGCACUAGUGCAGCUGGGCAGCAUUCUCAACGAGAUGACGAAGAGGGCGGGUGUUGCAAGCAGGAGAAGCGUUAUUGCUCAUCGGACGCCAGAUGCGGAUUCACGACCUGGCUCGCGAUCGACCUCAAGGUCGACCCCGCGGACUGUCUCCAGACAGAGCUCGAGGCCGCGGCUUGUUAGCCCGCCGGAUUCUGCUUGGGCGUCGCCUCGGGGCACGCCCUUGCCGGGCGACAAGCCUCUUCCUCGCGCGCCCGAUUCACUGAGUCCUGCAGUGACCGGCGCUCUCCACAGGUCACAGUCCCGGCCGCCGCAGAAACAUCACACUGUUCCCAUAGAGCAGAGAUUUGAGCACCCCAGGCCGCCUCCGCGAAGCCCGGCAGAAUCGAGCAACUCUAUGUUGAGCCCAACCAUCCAGCAAAGGGAGAGGAGAAGACAAAGGACUCCGGAGCCACGCCUGGAGACCCCAAUUCCACCAGAAUGGGCAAGCCGUGGCACUACGCCGGACGGCUCCCGGGCGACCACGCCCAAUUCGAGAUCGCCUGCGCGCUCGCCUGCGCGCUCGCCUGCGCGGUCACCCACCCGGUCACCUGCUCGCUCACCCGUGCGCUCAUCAGCGCAGCCUGGAUCUCAUUAUCAAAACCCUACGCCCGCAUCGCCCGCGCCUGUUCCUUCUCGACCUCCCAACUCGUCACAUGUGAAGACUCCCAGCAAUCUUCGCAAGCGACUGUCGCUUCGUAGUAGCCGAGAGAAGCCAAGUUCACCUAUGGUCGAUUCGGCGUACUCUUCUGGCUCUCCAUCCUCAAGGUCGUCUGACAACGAGAGGAAAGCCGCCACGCUCGCCCCUACGCCUAACAAGAACCCGUCAUCUAGGCCUGGAACAAGCCAGGGCCGCAAUCCGUCCGGACACAAGUUUGGACUCUUCCCGCCCCCUUCGCCCACCACGCCUGCGAUGUCCAUUAGAUCCGGCGUUACUGGAAGCACUCUUUCCAAAACCAAUACCCUCAACACCAAUGACUCACGGCCGAGUACUGCUGUCACGCGCCCCAGUACGUCUGCCUCUAAUUACAGCACUGGGUCUGGCAUGAAGCGAAGGUCGAGCCUGAGAGGUCUUCGCAACAUUUUCCGUCGAAAGCAUUCGACAAACAAACUGGGGCCGACCCUAGAGUCUGAAGCAGAAUAA